GAAGGUGUUUUUACUGGGAGUGGUCACUGCCAUCUCGACCCUAUACAAACUUAUAAAUAGUUACGCUUAAAAUGCGGAUAUCGACGUUUGGUGUUCUUUUUAAUACUCUUCAUAUUAUAUACGGUGCCGUUGGGUUAAAAAUUUACGAGGCAAACCCUAAUACAAAGCGACUUUACGAUGACUUACUGUCGAAUUAUAAUAGACUUAUACGCCCUGUCGUUAACAAUACCGAAACUUUAACAGUUUUGCUCGGUUUAAAGCUCUCGCAACUAAUCGAAAUGCAAUGGAUCGACUACAAAUUAAGAUGGGAUCCAGAAGAAUAUGGCGGCGUGGAAAUGUUAUACGUGCCUUCUGAAAAUAUUUGGCUACCAGAUAUUGUCUUAUACAAUAACGCUGACGGCAAUUACGAAGUAACGCUUAUGACAAAGGCUACGUUAAAGCAUACCGGUGAGGUAUCUUGGAAACCGCCCGCGAUUUACAAAUCAUCCUGUGAGAUUAACGUGGAAUACUUCCCAUUCGACGAGCAAUCAUGCAUCAUGAAAUUUGGUUCUUGGACGUAUAACGGCGCUCAGGUGGAUCUAAAACAUAUGAAACAAGAAGCUGGCAGCAAUUUGGUUGCAACAGGGAUAGAUCUAAGCGACUUUUACUUAUCAGUUGAAUGGGACAUUUUGGAAGUACCAGCAUCUAGAAACGAAGAAUACUAUCCAUGUUGCACAGAACCAUAUUCUGAUAUCACAUUUAAUAUUACGAUGCGAAGGAAGACGUUAUUCUAUACAGUCAACUUAAUAAUUCCUUGCGUGGGUAUUACGUUUCUUACGGUACUUGUCUUUUAUCUACCAAGUGAUUCGGGAGAAAAAGUAUCGUUAUGUUCUUCCAUUCUUCUCUCGUUAACAGUGUUCUUUUUACUAUUAGCCGAAAUUAUUCCACCGACAUCACUAGCUAUACCACUUUUAGGAAAAUAUUUACUAUUUACCAUGAUUUUAGUCACUUUAUCAAUAUGGAUUACCGUAUGCGUUUUAAAUGUUCAUUUUCGGUCUCCAUCUACGCACAAUAUGUCACCAUGGGUUAGACAAGUGUUUUUAAAUUGGAUGCCGCGAAUUUUAAUGAUGCGUCGGACACCGUAUUCAACACCAGAAUACGAUGACGCGUAUAUGGAUAGCGGAUAUACUAAUGAAAUAGAUUUUAGCGUUAGUGAUUACCCACUGGAAUUGAAAGGAAGUCCAGACGGAUUUGAAAGUGUCACCUCGCAGUAUAAAAAUAUACGAGAGGACGAUGCACGCCAUGUACCACAUGCAUCAGUCACUGAUAGCGAAAAUACAAUGCCGAGACACUUGUCUCCUGAUGUCAUAUCAGCUCUAAAAGGUGUACGUUUUAUUGCUCAACAUAUAAAAAAUGCAGACAAAGAUAAUGAAGUUAUAGAAGAUUGGAAAUUCGUAGCUAUGGUUUUAGAUAGACUUUUUCUCUGGGUUUUUACAUUUGCAUGUAUUGGUGGAACACUUGGCAUAAUAUUUCAAGCACCAAGUUUAUAUGAUACAAGAGAUCCUGUGGACCAACAACUUUCUGGAAUAUCAUUUGGCAAUUUUAUGUAUCCAAAUAUAAAUGCAGUUUCACAAAAUGAAAAAUAAAUUCAAAAAAACAUUCGUGAAACAUGUGACUCGCGUAUAAAAACUAUAUAAUACAAAAGCAUUAACCCUUCUGCGGCUAGUGCCGAUUAUGUCCAACACCUAUGAAAAGAAUAUUAUAUAAUUAUAAUAACAUAUAAUAUUAUAUAUUAUGUUUUACAUAAUAUUCACAUCAAAGAAUAUUAAUAAAUUAAUUAUUCUCUCAAUUUAAUUUUUAAUAAAUAAAAAUUGAAGCUUUAUUACUUAAUUUUAAUUAUUAUUUAUUUUGAAAAUAUUUUUAUUAAGCAGAAUUAGUACAAGAGUGUGAAAUAUCUCGUAUACUAAUUAACAUGAGAAAUGAGACUAUCUAAAUAGAAAAAAUGUACUUACAACGUCCCGUUUAACGGAGCAAUAUUGACGACUAGUAUUGCCGCCGUGAAAGGGUUAAAUUAUUAUUUCAUUUAUAUAAAUUUUAUUUACUUUAUUUCUUACAAAUUCAGGUCGACUUUCAUAAAUAGAAAGUCUGUAGUAAAUAUAGUCUCAGCAGUCUUAUUAACCCUAAUCAAUCAAAAAAAAAGAAAUAAUAGUAAAGAAAUAAUUUCUAAACAAUAAUUAAACUAAACAUUAACAACAAAAAAUAAUGCAAAUAUCUAUAUCUUAUAUUUUACUUUCAUUAACAUAUCAAGGCUAAUAAGAGGCUUAUACUACAAAACAAAAAUGAUUUUGUUUUGAAUAAAAUUAUAUAAUUUUUUUUUAUGAUGAUAAAAACUACACUAAGAUCUUUUAUUAUCUAAAUGUAGUUUGAUUUUAGUAAUAUCAAUUUAUUUUUCUUUUCUUUUAUCCAUUGAAAUGAUAUAGGAGUUCUAUACGUACUGAUACAUAGAAAUGCUAAAAGAAAUAUUAUUUCGCUCUUUUUUUCCACUUUAAGUACCAAAAGUAAAAACUUGAUCGUGAAUUCACUUACACUUAUUUUUACAUAGUAACUUCCUCUUAAGACAAUCACAGAACUAACAAACUUUUGGUUUUCGUUCUGUACAAAAUUUGGCAAUUUAAUAAUAGCUACAAAUAUCCUAUUCUAAAUCAAUUAUCAUCAACUCUGGUGAUUCACUUGUACUGCUAAUCGAGCUAGUUUGUGACUUUUUUGGUGAAGAAGUACCACUAGCUAACUUUUUUGUACUUUGCGUUGGUGUCGUAUGUUCAUCAUCGUCAUCACUGUCUGAUAUUAAAUCAAUAAUCUCAGCUCGUUUCUUUUGCUUUGGAGGUGUAAGAUUGCUUUCAUCUAAACAAUGACUAUCCACAUCGAUUUUACGAUCUUGCGAGUUUGUAAUGACUUUUGUUUCACUCUUCUCCUUAUCCUUCUCUUUUUUUGGAACCAAAUUUUCCCAGGAACCAUCUUGCAACAACUGAAUUUCAUUUACAUCUGGUAAUAGUUUUUUAGAGUUUAAAACUUCUUGAAAAUAUCCAUCGAUAACGAGAUUAUCAUAUAACGCUGAUUUAUCACACACUGGGCAAUUCCAUGUAGGUUUUCUUUCAUUCAUUUGAAGAAAUAACGAGGCAUCAAAACACUGUAAAUGUGAACAUGUCGACGCACGACAUGGUGUACACAUUCGCAUCUUCCCUAACGGACAAGCUAACGAUACUCUAAGCGAUGUUGUUGCUAUUUCACUAUCUGCAUCUUCAUUAAGUUUUUCCUUAAUUAAACCUCUUGUAUAAUCCGAAUGUCUAACUCCCCUAUUUUUUAACCUCGAUAAUAAUUCAGCACUUGAAAGUUUUCGAACUAAAUAUAUUGCAAUUGCAUAUCGUCUCCCAUAGUCUGCUGACCACGUUACGUGAAUUUGAUUUGCUACGGUAGGAGAUAAUUUAACUAAAGGACUAAUAUUGACGGGCCGUGGUGGCCUCUUUGGUUCUACUCCCGGUUUAUUAGUAGGUAUUGGAUUCUGAAACAAAAAUAAAACUUUUCAUUUAGAAAUGAAAGAUAUUACUAUAAUUUUAAUUUAAAGGGGAAAAACAACAAAAUAAAGUCUUUAUAUUUCCAUAUAUUUACAGGUAAAGGACAUAAUUUUCCAUUAACUUUUACAGCAAUGCUUGGUGGAAAACAGUCUUCUUGUUCACAUGAAGUUUCUUGUAAACAAAAUCGCAUUUGUAUCUGAAAUCCAUAACAUAGAUUGCAGAAUAUCAAAAUAAACAAAUAUACAAAUUUUAUAUUGUUUUAAGAAACAAUCUCUCAAAAUGUACUUGUACUGUAUAAUCCAUUUUAC